AUGAAUUUAGAUAGUGUUCUUGAUGGUAAUUUUGAACUGAAGAGUGUGAUUUAUAAGAAUCAAAUCUGUUAUUGUAAAGAGUCUGAAUUGAUGUUUUAAGCUUAAGAGAUAGCUUCAUCUUUCAAUAGUCAAAAUUUAUUUAAGACUUCAGAUUCAAAAGAAGACUCAAAACCUGAUAUAUUAUUAUCUAAUAAAGUAUAAAAUAAAUCAUUGAAUACAGGAAGAAAUUAAGAAGAUGAAGUAAUUAGUUUGGAAGACGAUGAAGAAGAAGAUAUUAGUGCAAAUAUGCCUUAAUCUAUAGAGUUUAGACUAAUUAGCAAUUUAUCUAAUUUAACUUAAUAAGAUCUUAAUAUUGUUGUAUAACCAAUUAACAUUUAUGAAAAAAAUGAAUAUUAACCUAAAUCUAAUAAUAGAAUUCAAUAAUCUAUGCAUAUCAGAAGUUUAAGAUAAAUUGCAUUGAAAGAUAGUAGAUUAGACAGAAAAGCAGUGAAUAUUAAUGAGAUGAUUUAAUCAAUUAAUAAUAAAGACAAAAACAGUUUAGCAUUAUUACAAUUAUGUUUAAAUUAAGUGUCAUAUACAAAGUUAUUAUAUUCAUCAACAGGAGAAGAGAAGAUUAAGAAUACUCAUGUAAAUGGUUUGGAUGAGAAACAAAUCUAAAUUGCCAAGUCCUUUGGUUAUGAAUUUGUAUGUGUUAAUAAAAUUUAGUAAUUCAUUAUCUUUAAUUUAGAAAUACACUUACUUACAUUAUUUAAUAGAAUCUUCAAAUAUGUACAUUCAAGUUAAUUGAUAUGUAGAUGCAUAGUCAUCAUUAAAGACUAUAUAUGUUGUUUGAACUUGAUUCUGAGUAUGAACAAUUUCUUAAUUUCCCAUACAUUCUAUUCAUAAGAGAAUCUAAUAAUAAAAUCCCUGAAAUGA